UGGGCGCGCGUCCCGCGUCCCGGGCAGGAAGAUGGUGGCGAGCGCGCGGGUGCAGAAGCUGGUGCGGCGCUACAAGCUGGCGAUCGCCACUGCGCUGGCCAUCCUGCUGCUGCAGGGCCUGGUGGUGUGGAGCUUCAGCGGCCUGGAGGAGGACGAGCCGGGAGAGAAAGGAAGGCAGAGAAAGCCACGGCCACUGGACACCGGCGAAGGAUCCAAGGACACAGACAGUUCUGCAGGGCGGCGGGGCAGCGUGGGCAGAAGGCACGGUCGCUGGCGGGUCCGCGCUGAGAGCCCAGGAGUGCCCGUGGCCAAAGUGGUGCGAGCAGUAACCAGCCGGCACAGAGCCAACUGGCGGGUUCCCCCAGCACCACCCCCCGAAGCUCCACACCGCCAGAACCUCAGUGGAGCUGCUGCUGGGGAGGCUCUGGGUGGGGCUGCCGGCUUCCCCCCACAUGGAGAAACAGGGAGCGUGGAGGGUGCCCCUCAACCCACGGACAACGGCUUCACCCCCAAGUGUGAGAUCGUGGGCAAAGAUGCACUUUCUGCCCUGGCCCGGGCCAGCUCCAAGCAGUGCCAGCAGGAGAUUGCCAACGUGGUGUGCCUGCAUCAGGCCGGGAACCUCAUGCCUAAGGUGGUACCCCGGCACUGCCAGCUGCCUGGGAAGAUGAGCCCUGGCAUCCAGUGGGACGAGAGCCGGGCCCGGCAGCCGGCAGCCGGUGCCCCGGUGCGCAUUGCUUAUAUGCUGGUGGUGCAUGGCCGGGCUGUGCGUCAGCUGAAAAGGCUCCUCAAGGCUGUGUAUCACGCGCAACACUUCUUCUACAUCCAUGUGGACAAGCGCUCAAACUACCUGCAUCGCGAGGUGGUGGCACUGGCCCAGCAGUAUGACAACGUGCGGGUCACCCCUUGGCGCAUGGUCACCAUCUGGGGCGGUGCCAGCCUGCUGAGGAUGUACCUGCGGAGCAUGCGCGACCUGCUGGAGGUGCCAGGCUGGGCCUGGGACUUCUUCAUCAACCUCAGUGCCACCGACUACCCAACCAGGACCAAUGAGGAGCUGGUGGCUUUCCUGUCUAAGAACCGAGACAAGAAUUUCCUCAAGUCCCAUGGCCGGGACAACUCUAGGUUCAUCAAGAAGCAGGGCCUGGACCGCCUGUUCCAUGAGUGUGACUCACACAUGUGGCGCCUGGGUGAGCGGCAGAUCCCAGCGGGCAUCGUGGUGGAUGGUGGCUCCGACUGGUUCGUGCUCACGCGCAGCUUCGUGGAGUAUGUGGUAUACACGGAUGACCCGCUCGUGGCCCAGCUGCGCCAAUUCUACACAUACACGCUGCUCCCAGCCGAGUCCUUCUUCCACACGGUGCUGGAGAACAGCCCAGCCUGCGAGACCCUCGUGGACAACAACCUGCGGGUCACCAACUGGAACCGCAAGCUGGGCUGCAAAUGCCAGUACAAGCACAUCGUGGACUGGUGCGGCUGCUCCCCCAAUGACUUCAAACCACAGGACUUCCUGCGUCUGCAGCAAGUCUCCAGACCCACCUUCUUUGCCCGGAAGUUUGAGUCCACCGUGAACCAGGAGGUACUGGAGAUCCUGGACUCACAUUUGUAUGGCAGCUACCCACCAGGCACACCCGCGCUCAGGGCCUACUGGGAGAAUGUGCAUGAUGCAGCCGAUGGCCCCGGCGCACUCAGCGAUGUGGCAUUGACCGUCUACACCGCCUUCGCCCGCCUAGGCCUGCGCCAGGCUGCUGCCACCGCACCCUCACAGACAGUGCCGCAUUGCAGGUUUGAGCCCAGGGGCUUGCCCUCCAGCGUGCACCUGUAUUUCUAUGACGACCAUUUCCAGGGCUACCUGGUGACGCAGGCGGCUCAGCCCUUGGCCCAGGGGCCUGCGGAGAUGCUGGAGAUGUGGCUGAUGCCCCAGGGGUCGCUGAAGCUGUUGGGGCGGAGUGACCAGGCCAGCCGUCUGCAGAGUUUGGAGGUCGGCACCGAGUGGGACCCCAAAGAGCGUCUUUUCCGGAACUUUGGAGGACUGCUGGGGCCUCUGGAUGAGCCUGUGGCCAUGCAGCGCUGGGCCCGGGGCCCCAACCUCACCGUCACCGUGGUGUGGAUUGACCCCACCUACGUGGUGGCCACAUCUUAUGACAUUGCUGUGGAUGCGGACGCUGAGGUCACUCAGUACAAGCCCCCACUGAGCCGGCCCCUGCGGCCGGGGACCUGGACUGUUCGCCUGCUUCAGUUCUGGGAGCCACUGGGUGAGACCCGCUUCCUUGUGCUGCCCUUGACCUUCAACCGCAAACUACCUCUCAGGAAAGAUGAUGCCAGCUGGCUUCAUGCCGGGCCACCCCACAACGAGUACAUGGAGCAGAGUUUCCAGGGCCUGCGUGGCAUCCUGAACUUGCCCCAGCCUGGGCCCGCAGAGGAGGCUGCCCGCCGACAUGCACAGCUCACAGGCCCGGCACUUGAGGCCUGGACAGAUGAGGCCCUGGGUGGCUUCUGGUCUGUGGCCGGACUGUGCGCCACGGGUCCCUCUGCCUGCCCCUCCCUAAAACUCUGCAGACAGACUAGCUGGAGUUCACUGUUCCCUGACCCCAAGUCGGAGUUGGGGCCUGUCAAAGCAGACGGGCGCCUCAGGUAGCAGGACCUAGCCAGCACCUCCGGAGGACCGGGGAAUUGCACCUUACUGACCGCGGAGGGAUGGCCCUCACGCCGGAGAGAGCCAGAGGGCAGGCAGCCCCACUAAGCAAGCCAUGGAGAACAGCACAGACAGCAGGGAUGGCUCCGACCCAAGCCUGCUGGGAGCAGGGGAGGGCAGGGCAGUGGGGAGACAGCCCAGCUCUCCCUCACCUUCCCCACUAGAUGUUCUUUUCAGAGGAAAACGGGUGUCGGGGAGGAGGCUUGGGAACAAAGAUGUGCAAUAGGGCUCAGCAGCCCCAGAAGUGGGUCGUGGCUCUGGGGAACAGAGGCCUGAGUGACCAUCUGCUGCCACAGAGUGGAAGCCUGACCCGCCUCCUCCUUGGGGCCUCCCUGGCCUGGCUGGUGCUUGUGGUGCUUAAGGCCAAGGCUCUGCACCAUUGCUGGUCUCUGAGGCUCGGGCUAGUGAUUUGGGGGAGCACUGCUGAGCUGGCCUCUAGCGGACAGCUUCUCCUCUUGUCCAGGGGAUGGAAAAAGAGGGGGAUGGGGCUGGCUCAAGUGCUUUCCAGAACCCCUUGCCACCUCGGUGGAAGACAGGGCACCAGGCCCUGCUAAGAACCACAUGGAGCCUCCCAAGUUCUGAGGACUGCCAACCUGGGACAGGCCCACUGGCAGCUUGGGAAGACCCUGUCUGGUCGCUCUGAACCCGGAGCAGCAUCGUGCCUGAAGCUCAGUGUGACGUCUGAAAUAUGCAACAGAAGAAAUAUAUCUCUAUCUCUCUAA